ACCAUGUGAGGGGGCGCGAGGGCAGCGUCGCACUCGCACUGCGACGAUUUUGCCCACUGAGGAAUUAAUAAAACAGAAGCACGCGUUUCGUCGGCGGCAGUGAACAACUUCGAAUGACCGCGCGCCAAACAACGGGGUCGGGAACACGAGUUUGACCUCGGAGUCGGUGCGGACUCCCCCCCCUGCAGAGAGCGAAGAAGUCGACAAUGGUACGCCCCGGCCCUGCUCCUCGCCGUGCGCGCCUCGCAGCGGACUCGAGCGCCAAGUGAACUUACGAUUGUGCCAUGUCACGGUGAAGAAGUUCCCAGAGCGGUUAGUAACUCACCGGACACCGAGGGUCGAGAGGCCGCAUGCCGGCGGGCAGACGGACGGACGGACGACCUGACAUGAGCCCGCGUCGUGCUUCGCUCGAAGGGAAGUCUCCGCGGGACUUUUGAGGGGCGCUUGUUGUCGGUGUAGAGCUAACGUUCCGCGGCGGAGCCUCAUGUUUUCGCCCGGCCAAGAGGAGCACUGCGCCCCGGCCAAAGACCCGGUGAAGUACGGGGAGCUCGUGGUGCUGGGGUACAAUGGCUCUCUGCCCAAUGGAGAUCGAGGUAGACGGAAAAGCAGAUUUGCGCUGUACAGGAGGACCAAAGCCAACGGUGUAAAGCCGAGCACUGUGCACAUCCUCAACACACCGCAGGCCAGUAAGGCCGUGAACUGUAAAGGCCAACACAGUAUCUCCUACACACUGUCCAGGAACCAAACGGUGGUGGUGGAGUACUGCCAUGACAAAGACACAGACAUGUUUCAGAUUGGGCGUUCCACGGAGAGUCCCAUAGACUUUGUGGUGACUGACACAAUAGCAGGAGGCCAGGAGGGAGAGGAGACUCCCAUCACACAGAGCACCAUCUCCCGCUUUGCUUGCCGAGUCGUCUGCGAGCGCAACCCCCCCUUCACCGCCCGCAUCUAUGCAGCGGGGUUUGACUCCUCCAAAAACAUCUUCCUCGGGGAGAAAGCUGCAAAAUGGAAAAACCCGGAUGGUCACAUGGACGGCCUAACAACCAAUGGCGUGCUGGUAAUGCACCCCAAGGGAGGAUUCACAGAAGAGUCCAAGCCCGGCGUAUGGAGAGAGAUCUCCGUUUGUGGGGACGUUUACACACUUAGAGAGACCCGCUCAGCACAGACCCCGGGGAAACUGGUGGAGAAUGAGAGUAAUAUACUGCAGGACGGCUCCCUGGUGGAUCUUUGUGGAGCCACCUUGCUGUGGCGCACCGCAGAAGGCCUCUUCCACACUCCGACCCAGAAGCACCUGGAGGCUCUCAGGCAGGAGAUCAAUGCGGCGCGGCCCCAGUGUCCCGUGGGUCUCAACACGCUCGCCUUCCCCAGCAUGCAACGCAGCCGCGCCCUCUCCUCCCUGGAGGACAAGCAGCCCUGGGUCUACUUGGCAUGUGGCCAUGUGCACGGGUACCACAACUGGGGCCACCGGUCAGAGCAGGAGCCCAACGCCCAGCGCGAGUGUCCCAUGUGCCGCGUGGUGGGGCCGUACGUACCGCUGUGGCUGGGCUGCGAGCCGGCCUUCUACGUGGACACGGGUGCGCCCACGCACGCCUUUGUGCCGUGUGGACACGUGUGCUCGGAGAAGUCCGUCAAGUACUGGGCGGAGAUCCCCCUGCCCCACGGCACCCACGCUUUUCACGCCGCCUGCCCCUUCUGUGCCACGCAGCUCAGCCUCACUCAGGGCUGUUCCAAGCUAAUCUUCCAGGGCCCGGUGGACUGAGCGGAAGGGUCCCGUUCUGGCAGGGAAGAUUAGAUGGGAAUGCCAACAUGCUGUGAAACUGUUCAGAUUAUUUUGUGCUUUCUUUUGUUCAUGUAAGCCAGCUGUGGGUAGGAGUAAGUCUUCCAAACCUCUGGUCAUAUACUGUGGAUUGUGCACAACAGAGAGCCAUUACAGAUGGUCCAGGGCCUCUUGUGGCUGUUUGGAUGGCCACUGUGGGCUACAUAGAUGUGGGGCAUAUAGGACCACAGAUCCCCAGCUCUGCCAGACUGAAAUACUGUUUUCAGCUGUCCUGCCAACCAACCGCUUUAAAUACGGCUCCAGCACUGGGCUGUUUAAACUACAAUGCCUGUUGGUUUUCCGUCAGAGGGCAGUAGGAUUAAGGUUGUAGAAGGAACAAAUCCUUUUUACUCAUGAAUCAGACUCGACCAGAUAAUAGCAGGAAGGGGUAGUUGGAUCUGUUGAGAGAGGGAAAGGGGGGGGGGGGGGGGUUUGGCUAGUUCCUGAAGGGUCUGAGACAAAGUUUUUACAAAGCCAGACAGCUGGACUGUCGGCUGGGAGAAAAACCAGGAGAAGCUUGUAAUGGAUAAGUAGUGAAGUGCUCCCUAUUGACCCCUCGGCCUUAACCCAUAAUCUUAACCAUGUAACUCUCCAGAGGUGGCUUCCAUUUACUGAACAAACUUUUACGCGGGGGGGGGGGGGGUGGGGGGGUGGUUAUUUUUCAUUUGAUGCUGGGGGAAUAUUUUUUCACAAAUGAGAAAAUCUAUUUUAUUGAAGGCAGAGGAACACGUCAUUUUGCAUACAGAAGACAUACGGAUACGACAACCCACAAGGAUUCUUCCCCACAUUUUUAUCAGACAGAGGAGGUAUUUUACUACACCGAGGCCCUUGUACUGUUUCCUAUUGCAAAUGUUAAUAUAUUUUUUUCUCCUGCAUAAAUAAUGUGUGUGAGAAUGUUUUGAGUGUGUGUGUGUGCGUGUGAUUGUGUGCGCGGGUUGGGCUGUGUGGGUGCCCUGGGGCCUUUUGUUUGAAUCGCCCCGCAUCAUCUCAUGCUCAUGCCCCCCCCCCCUGUGAUCUCGCCCACCUCCCGAACAAGAGAACACAGGAAUGAAACCGAGCUCGCAGGGUUUGACAAUGAAUGUACCGAAACACACCGACUCUCCUCACUGGUGGCGUUUCAAUCGUACAACUCGCUUUCUCCACAACUGCGCCUGUUGAAGCUACAGGUCAGGCCUGUGUGCAGCGACACGCAACCUCGGAACUGUACAACCACACAUGACGUAACCACACGUGCUUGCAAGUCCGCUAGCUUGCGACGUCCCUACCCCACACACACACGUACUGUAUUCAGUCUGAACUGUUGUUAGCUUUAUCCCACGCUGGGUCUGAUCCAAUGAUUUAUACGCUCUCAAACCUGGCCACGGUCUCAGCAGCAUUCAGAGAUUAAACCAAAUAUAAGGAGGAGCUGUUUUUCCCUCCACAUGCAAGAUGUAAACCCAAAACCGCUGCUACAGUGGAGCGUCGACAGCUCUGGAUUACAGUCGGGGCUGCUCACUUGCAUGCAGCAGCUCCGUGGGGAAUAAUGAUAUUAUCACACACACUGCCAAAUUUGGUAAGUUCUGUUGUGUGCGAAGGAUGAGUCAAGUUGUCCAAAACAAAGCAGCAGAUGAAUUGAAACUAAAGAAUCUGGGACGAAUCUGGGCAUUAUUCUGAGGAGUUGGCCUUGGCAGACAUGCGCCCACAUGUCAAAGUGUAGUCAAAAGCAUUAAUUGUGACACUAGAUUAUCAAAUACAAUAGUGAGCAUUAAAAUAAGAUGGUGACAAGUCAAGUUUCUGUUCUAGCGUUGAAAUGUUCUCCCAUGUUUCGGUAGGAUGAAUAAAAUUGAGAGGUGUUGCUGUGGGGCAGAGUCCCGCCACGAUUAAAGGCUCCUAGACGUCACCAAGAUAGUAUCUCAACAGCAGUGGUGGAGCAGGAGUAUUUUUCUUUCUGGUUCCUCCUUCAGAGAAGGAUUCUUAUAAAGUAUCUGCAGCGUUACGCUUCACUCACACCACAGGAUUUUUUCCAAAUUGUUUGAUUUCUCCAGAUUUUUUUUUUAAUGUAAUUGCUGCACAGGGUCAAGUACUAAGCCACAUACUGUACAGUAGCAUUCCUUUCUAACACGUUGAGCUCCCAACACUGUGCCCGUCGCUUAAGACCGCGUUCUGUAACAGCUGCAGAGUAGCUGCCUCAAACAUUCCUCCUUGGUAAACAUGGGUGGGGCCCUUGGUUCACCCAAGGGCUUGUUCUAUGAUUUUGUCUCCGACAGGAACUCUGUACACAAGCCAUAGAACGCACUGAUGCUCCCAAAUGCCUCUUUUGCAAAGAAUAAAAUAUUUUUUAAAAAUGUG